AUGACGCCUUCUUUUAACUGUAAACACGAUACAGUGCGAGCAGAGUCAUGCCAAAACGCGCGCUGCAAAAAAAUUAAAUUAAUGCGUCAGCGCGCCCUCCCCUAUCCGCAUUUUUGGUAUUUUCCAAAUGUUUAACAAACAAAUAAGUGACAAAAAGCUGAGCGGCCUUUGAAGUCUCAUCCCAGAUUUCCGCAACUCCUAUUUUCUUUCAGUCUGAGUGCAAAGAACAACAAACAACAACAACAAACAACAAACAACAGCAAACUGGUCACUAAUUCGCACCCUCUGCCUCUGCCUCUUUCUUUCUGUUCCUGUUUUUUGUACUUCCUCUUAUUUCCAUUAUUUUUUAUGGCUGACUGUUAGGCACUUUCCUUCAGGGCCACCGCCAGCAGCUACUCAUUCCAAAGAAAAAAGUAUUAUGAAUUUCUUUUUCAAAACGAAGCAAAAGGCCAAUUGAACUUGUCAAGGCUACCCACGACGCAAUGUCCAGGAUAGACGGUUCCAUCAACAGCGAGCAACAGCGCACCAAAGCAAACGAUGAGAUUUCAAAGAACGUAGCCAGCAUGCUUCAGAUUCUGCGCGACGGCGGCGCCGACAAUAAGGUGCCGGACACGACCUCGGAGCAAGUGGCACAACUGGCACAGGAGAUAUACACCACUGAGCUCAUGCCCCUGCUCAUCUCCAAUCUGGCCAGGCUCGAGUUUGAGACGCGCAAGGAGGUGAGCAUUAUCUUUGGCAUUCUACUGCGCCGCAAGAUCGGCACGCGUGAGCCAACCGUCGAGUACCUGGUUAACCGACCCAAUGUCCUGGCUGGCCUCAUCUGCGGCUACAGCAACCCGGACUCGGCCAUCUUUUGCGGCAACAUGCUGCGCGAGUGCUUUAAGCACAAGGAGCUCAUCAAGGCAACGCUCAAUCUGCCAGAGUUUCUCAACUUUUUCGACUACGUCGAGAGCGGCAACUUUGACGAUCCACCAGUCACGUUCCUGUGCAACAACUACGAGAUUUUCUUUUCAAAGUACAGCUCGCUGCUCAAGUCUGAGAACUACGUUGUCCGCCGGCAGUCGCUGAAACUCCUGGGGGAGAUUCUGCUUGAAAAAAAAAACUUUAACGUUAUGAUGACGUUUAUCAAGGAGAGCGCAAACCUACAGACAAUUAUGACGGCCCUAGGAGAUAAGAGCAAGAGCAUCCAGUACGAGGCAUUCCAUAUUUUCAAGAUUUUCGUUGCUAACCCGACAAAGACGCCUGAGGUCCGCAAGAUUCUGGUCAAUAACCGGGACAAGCUGAUCGCUUUCCUCUCAAAUUUCCAAAAGGACAAGGACACCGACGAACAGUUCAAGGAUGAGAAGGCCUUUCUCAGGAAUGAGAUUGAAAGGAUGCCGUCAAAGGCCGAUCACUAACUUUUUGUUAAAAGAAAAAAGAGAUUUUUUAAUUUUUGCGAUAUAGCCAAGUUUUCAUUUUUCAUUCAUUUACAUAUUUUCUUGCACUCACAAUCAGAAUAUUAUCAUUUAAAAAUUCAUUUAAUUACCC